AUGGGAGAGAGUAACAAUGUCACCGAAUUUGUCCUCUUGGGAUUCACUCAAGACCCCGAUGGGCAAAAAGCAUUACUGGUAAUGUUUUUGAUCACAUAUGCUGUGACGAUGGUGGGCAACCUGCUCAUCGUGGUGACUAUUAUCAGGAGCCCCUCCUUGGGCUCCGCGAUGUACUUCUUCCUGGCCUCUCUGUCGCUCAUUGAUGUUGUUUAUUCCACUGCCAUUUCACCCAAAUUGAUUGUAGACUUACUCUGUGAUAAAAAGACGAUAUCCUUUUCAGCCUGCAUGGGCCAGCUCUUUACAGAACACUUCUUUGGUGGAGCUGAGAUCUUCCUUCUGGUGGUGAUGGCCUAUGAUCGCUACGUGGCCAUCUGUAAGCCUCUGCACUAUUUGACCAUUAUGAAUAGGCGAGUUUGCAUCCUUCUGUUGGUGGUGGCCUGGGCUGGAGGUUUUGUGCACUCUGUGUUUCAUAUUGUCUUUGUGUACAAUCUUCCUUUCUGUGGCCCCAGAGUCAUGGACCACUUCUUCUGUGACAUGUACCCAUUACUGGAACUUGCCUGCACAGACACCUACUAUCUAGGUCUCACUGUGGUUGCCAAUGGUGGGACAAUCUGCACGGUGAUCUUUAUCCUUCUCCUCAUCUCCUAUGGAGUCAUCCUAAGAUCCCUUAAGACUUACAGUCAGGAAGGGAGGCGUAAAGCCCUGUCUACCUGCAGCUCCCACAUCACCGUGGUCGUCUUCUUCUUCGUUCCCUGUAUUUUCAUACACGUUAGACCUGUGCACACCUUACCUAUUGAUAAAUUCAUAAGUGUAUUUUAUACAGUUAUUGUUCCCCUGUUGAACCCUUUGAUCUAUAGCUUGAGAAAUUCAGAGAUGAAAAAUGCUAUGAAAAAACUCUGGUGUAAAAAGUUAACCAUAGAGGGAAUAAGAAUGUCCUUCACAUUGAUGAUGGUUAGUACUAGUUCUAAGGCAAUGCACAGGCAGUAA